UACCUUUGGGCUGUGCAGGCAGUGCCUAGCUGUGUGCUGUGCAGGCAGUGUCUAGCUGUGGGCUGUGCAGGGUUGUAAAGGUUUUGCCUUACUGAGGGCAGGAUGGCUGAGCUGGUGAGAGUGAGGAAGAAACAUCUUCAGACGCCUAUCUCCAGGCUGAGGUGUAUGGUCAAGCAACUGGAUGAGAAAGAUGUGGACUUUGAAGAUCUGAAGAAGAACUUGGACUACACAGCAUCCUUACUGGAGGCCGUUUACAUUGAUGGGACCAGACAGGGUCUGGAUGCAGAGGACAACCUCCAGAAGAUGCACUCUGAUGGCGUGCCCACGGAGGUCACUGAUUGGCUGGCUUCAACCUUCACUCAGAGGGCCCGCCUCCCUACCCGCCACUCCGACGACAAACCAAAGUUCCGCAGCAUCGUCCACGCAGUGCAGGCUGGGAUCUUUGUCGAAAGGAUGUUCAGGAGGUCCUACACUACUGCCAUGCCUGACCAACCUGCAGCAGUAGUUCACUGUCUCAGGGACGUUGACCGGUGGACCUUUGAUGUGUUUGCCCUGAACACAGCCAGUGAUGACCAUGCACUACAGACCCUGUUCUUCGAGCUGGUGACACGAUACGAACUCAACAGCAAAUUCAAGAUCCCAAUCUCCUGUCUGAUGUCCUUCUUGGAGAAGCUGGAGAGAGGCUACAGUAAACAUAGCAACCCGUACCACAGCAGUGUCCACGCAGCCGACGUCACACAAACCCUACACUGUCUGCUCCUCCGCACAGGGCUCGUGCACUGGUUGACUGAACUGGAGGUCCUGUCGUCACUGUUUGCUGCGGCCAUCCAUGACUACGAACACACUGGAACUACCAACAACUUCCACAUUCACACAAAGUCAAACAUUGCUAUGAUCUACAACGACCGGUCAGUCCAGGAAAGCCAUCACAUCAGUGCUGCGUUCCAACUUCUACAGGACGACGAGUCCAACAUCUUCAUGAACCUCUCCAGAGAACAGUGGAUGGAGGUGCGAGCCCUGGUGAUAGAGAUGGUGUUGGCUACAGACAUGUCGUCUCACCUCGUCCAGGUCAAAGCCAUGAAGGGGUGUCUGCAGCAGCAGGAAGGCAUAGACAAACCCAAAGCGCUGUCCCUACUACUGCACACUGCAGACAUCAGUCACCCCUGCAAGCCCUGGGGUCUACACUCUCGCUGGACCAAAGCCCUCAUGGACGAGUUCUUCAGACAGGGUGACAGAGAGGCAGAGCUUGGCCUUCCCUUCUCUCCACUGUGUGAUCGGAACAGCACCCUGGUCGCAGAGUCACAAAUAGGUUUCAUAGACUUCAUAGUGGACCCUACGUUUUCCCUACUGACUGACGUGGCUGAGAAGAUAGUCAUUCCCCUGGUGGGAGACAACCCAAAACCUCCAGAACCCUGCAAUCCACAUAGUAAUCUGUGGAAGGAGAGUUCCAGAGGACUACAGUGGAGCUUGUCUCACAUCAGCUCAGAACUGGUCAGCUUCAGAUCCACCUGGACACGACACACAGAAGACAACAAGUUCAAAUGGAAGGAGAGAGGCUCCAACGGGCUCUUGGAUCAGAUCGCGUCGAAGGAGGUGUCGGCUGGUGAAGAUGCUGAGCUCUCUGAACGACAGCUGCAGUCCCCUUCUAAUGAUACUAAACAGUAGAGAGGCCUCUCAUGUAGUAUGAUGCCUAUGUAAAUGCAGGGUUGGGGAGUAACUGUUUACAUGUAAUCUGAUUACCCCAAAAAACUGUAACUGUAAUCAGUUACAUUACCAGCAAAAAUAGUGUAAAUGGAUUACAGAUACUUUUGAAAAACUAGAUGAUUACUUCAUCAAUUACAUUUAA